AUGAUUCCGGAGAUCUUAUUGAUGGUACUGUUGUGUAGCGCAACAAUUUCCUCUCACAUGAUCAUGGCAUUUCCUCCUUCUCGCGGAUACACCAAGAACGAUCUAUACAAGCCUGUUGACUAUGAUCUUAUGGCGCCUCUUAAGGAAAUGGUUAUGUGCAAGGGAAAACCUCCGGGAAGUCCAGUCGCCUCUUUCAAUCCGGGGGACACCGUCAAUGUUUCAUUCACAGGAUCUGCCCGCCAUCACGGCGGUCUUUGCCAAUUUGCUCUUUCUUAUGACCACGACAUCCAUUUUUAUCUUAUUGCAGAGUAUAGAUAUGGAUGUCCAGACUCAUCCUAUACCUGGCCGGUAAAAAUUCCGGAUGAUGCACCGCCGUGUUCAAAAUGCACCUUUUCCUGGGCGUGGGUUAACGCGGUUGGAAACCGCGAGUAUUACAUGGAUUGCGCCGAUAUCACAAUUAAUGGCCCAACUCAACCCGCCAGCUCCUGUGGACCGUCUUGCGGAAAAUUUUUGCAAGUAUACAACUUUCCUGGGUUUGGCACCUUGCAGCCACAGGAAGGUUAUGGCGGUCCAAGCGCCUCUAAAUAUAUCCCAUUUGACUUUAGUUGCUCCAACUCCACGGUGCAAUGA